AUGGUGAAGCUCGCGUGCGCCCUCUACUUCCCUCGAUCUGAAGUCUACUAUGUUGUCAUCGAGAAGAUGAAUUUCAAGGUCACGUACACCCUCCGGGCGAAGAGGGUGGAGAGGUGGAUCCGCGCCGUCAAGAGAGAUUUCCUCGACCCCGCGGAAAUCAAGGUCGAGGGCUUGGACUGCGAGUUCACCGACCCUCGCGAGGGUAGAGCUAAUCAACGCGCCGCCGUCCUUCAACUCUCCGUCGCGCAAGAGACUAAUUUGGUCUUCCAUAUUGUUCAUGCCGAUGAAGUGCCACAACUUCUCAUCGAUUUCCUUGCGGACAAGCACAUCAGAUUCUGUGGCGCUGCAAUCCACAAUGAUGUGAAUAUGUUGCAUACCUACCGAAUUAUUGGUAUUCCGUCUGCGAUCAACCUCCAGCAGAUCCUCCGGAACCCCGUCCCAAAUAAGCAGACUCCGACUUUGUAUGAUUUUGCAAAUCAUUAUAUUGGGACGGGUCUCGAGCAGAAGAAUAAGUUUAAUAAGAAGAAUAAGCCGCCGAAGACCGCCAAGGAAUUAGCAGAAGAAGAGGCACUGAUUUUUGGAUGGGGCGAUUUUCCCUUGAGCCAUAAGCAACUGCAGUAUGCCACUCUCGAUGCUCGCCUCGGUUUCGAGCUAGGUAGGAGGCAUUUCCGGGCACUUGGCUACAAUAGCCAGUUGGAUCGCCUCGAACUUAAUAUUUAUGAAUAG